ACGAAGAGAACAGCGACAAUAACAACAACAGCGCUUGGCAGCUGUGCAGUUAUUGCCAAUUGAACAACUAUCAAGUUGAUAUUUAUCACUAUAAACUCCUUUUCAUAUCUCCUACCCAAGCAGGGCAACUCAUUCGGGCUUAUUUAUAUCUAUUGAUGAUCAGACCUAGAACAUAUAACCCCUGAAGAGUUCUUAAAAACAGCAGUGAAAUCCUCACAGGAAUAAUGGCCCAGCAGAGAGGAGUCAAUAGUCUACAAUUCAACCAGGACCAGAGUUGUUUCUGCUGUGCCAUGGAGACAGGUGUUCGGAUUUAUAAUGUAGAACCUUUAAUGGAAAAGGGGCAUUUAGACCACGAGCAGGUGGGCAGCAUUGCUCUGUGUUCAAUGCUUCAUCGAUCAAAUCUCUUGGCUGUGGUGGGAGGUGGUGUCAAUCCCAAAUUCUCAGAAAUCUCAGUAUUAAUUUGGGAUGAUGCUCAGGAAGUCAGAGACCCCAAAGACAAACUUGUCCUUGAGUUCACAUUCACUAAACCAGUGCUUGCUGUGCGCAUGAGACAUGACAAAAUCAUCAUUGUCUUGAAAAACAGGAUCUACGUUUAUAGUUUCCCCGACAACCCUGUCAAGCUGUUUGAGUUUGACACACGAGAUAAUCCAAAAGGUUUGUGUGACUUGUGCCCUAGUUUGGAAAAGCAGUUGUUGGUUUUCCCAGGACAUAAAUGUGGCAGUUUACAGUUAAUGGACCUUUCCAACACAAAACCUGGCACGUCUUCUGCCCCGUUUACCAUCAACGCUCAUCAGAGUGAAAUCGCCUGUCUGGCUCUCAAUCAGCCUGGCAGUGUGGUGGCCUCUGCCUCCCGGAAAGGCACCUUGAUCCGUCUGUUUGACACUACAACGCGAGAUAAACUAGUGGAACUACGAAGAGGAACUGACCCUGCCACAUUAUACUGCAUUAAUUUCAGCCAUGACUCGUCUUUUCUGUGUGCAUCAAGUGACAAGGGAACUGUGCACAUAUUUGCUCUGAAAGAUACCAAACUUAAUCGCCGCUCUGCUUUGGCACGUGUAGGUAAGGUGGGGCCGGUUAUUGGACAGUACGUGGACAGUCAGUGGUCUCUAGCUAACUUCACUGUUCCAGUCGAAUGCGCUUGUAUCUGUGCUUUUGGGAAGAACACCUCCAAAAACGUCAACUCUGUUAUUGCCAUAUGUGUUGAUGGGACAUUCCACAAGUACGUCUUCACCCCAGAUGGAAACUGCAACCGUGAAGCUUUUGACGUGUAUCUGGACAUUUGUGAUGACGAUGACUUCUAAAACUGGAGAACUUUGAUUGAUCUGUAUCUACAGUUAUUGGCAACAUGUGAAAUAGUACUUGUACAUUGAGCUCUGCUAAUUGCAAUGCCGUGUCAUUGAUGCUUAUUUGUGUGAAUAAAUGUUACUGCCUUAUAUAAUCAAAUGUACAUAAAAGCAUGGAGGUCUGUGUAAAGUGAAUACAAUGUCUUAUAAACAUUGAUCAA